GGACGGCGCCUGCGCGGUGGGCGUGAUCCGGGCACUUAGGGCAGGAUGAACGCUGCUUUCCAAGAUGGCGACGGAGGGAGGAGGGAAGGAGAUGAACGAGAUUAAGACCCAAUUCACCACCCGGGAAGGUCUGUACAAGCUGCUGCCGCACUCGGAGUACAGCCGGCCCAACCGGGUGCCCUUCAACUCGCAGGGAUCCAACCCUGUCCGCGUCUCCUUCGUAAACCUCAACGACCAGUCUGGCAACGGCGACCGCCUCUGCUUCAAUGUGGGCCGGGAGCUCUACUUCUAUAUCUACAAGGGGGUCCGCAAGGCUGCUGACUUGAGUAAACCAAUAGAUAAAAGGAUAUACAAAGGAACACAGCCCACUUGUCAUGACUUCAACCACCUAACAGCCACAGCAGAGAGCGUCUCUCUCCUAGUGGGCUUUUCCGCAGGCCAAGUCCAGCUUAUAGACCCAAUCAAGAAAGAAACCAGCAAGCUAUUUAAUGAGGAAACCCUUCCCUUGCCCACCUGCCACAUCAUGAGAACAUACUUGCGUGCCCCAGCUCUGCCUGAUGUCUGGUGCUGGUACAUAACACCCUCAGACGUGUGGAGAGAAUGGACUGUAAGUUCUUCAUGUGCGCUGCAGAUAGAAAGACUAAUAGACAAGUCACGCGUAACCUGUGUCAAAUGGGUUCCUGGUUCGGAAAGCCUUUUCCUAGUAGCCCAUUCAAGUGGGAGCAUGUACUUAUAUAACGUGGAGCACACUUGUGGCACCACAGCCCCCCACUACCAGCUCCUGAAGCAGGGAGAGAGCUUUGCGGUGCACACUUGCAAGAGCAAAUCCACGAGGAACCCUCUCCUUAAGUGGACAGUGGGCGAGGGGGCCCUCAACGAGUUUGCUUUCUCCCCAGAUGGCAAGUUCUUAGCGUGUGUGAGCCAGGACGGGUUUCUGCGUGUGUUCAACUUUGACUCAGUGGAGCUGCACGGUACAAUGAAAAGCUACUUUGGGGGCUUGCUUUGUGUGUGCUGGAGCCCAGAUGGCAAGUACAUUGUGACAGGUGGAGAGGACGACUUGGUGACAGUUUGGUCCUUUCUAGACUGCCGAGUAAUAGCUAGAGGCCAUGGGCACAAGUCCUGGGUCAGUGUUGUAGCAUUUGAUCCCUAUACUACUAGUGUAGAAGAAAGUGAUCCUUUGGAGUUUAGUGGCAGUGACGAGGACUUCCGGGACCUUCUUCACUUUGGCAGAGAUCGAGCGAACAGUACACAAUCUAGGCUAUCCACACGGAACUCUACAGACAGCCGCCCUGUAAGUGUUACGUAUCGGUUUGGUUCAGUGGGCCAGGAUACACAGCUGUGCUUAUGGGACCUUACAGAAGACAUCCUUUUCCCUCACCAGCCCCUCUCAAGAGCAAGGACACACACAAAUGUUAUGAAUGCCACAAGUCCGCCUGCCGGAAGCAAUGGGAACAGUGUCACUACACCUGGGGACUCUGGGCCCCCUCCAUUACCUCGGUCCAAUAGCCUUCCACACUCAGCAGUCUCCAAUGCUGGUAGCAAAAGCAGCGUCAUGGACGGGGCCAUUGCUUCUGGGGUCAGCAAGUUUGCAACUUUGUCGCUACAUGACCGGAAGGAGAGACACCACGAGAAAGACCAUAAACGAAAUCAUAGUAUGGGACACAUUUCCAGCAAGAGCAGUGACAAACUGAACCUAGUUACUAAAGCCAAAACGGACCCAGCUAAAACUCUGGGGACAUCCCUGUGUCCUCGGAUGGAAGAUGUUCCCUUGUUAGAGCCACUGAUCUGUAAAAAGAUAGCUCAUGAGAGACUGACGGUAUUGGUUUUUCUUGAAGACUGUCUAGUCACUGCUUGUCAGGAGGGAUUUAUUUGCACAUGGGCAAGGCCUGGUAAAGUGCCGGCAGAGCAGUUCUGCAGGCAGGAGGACAGAGUGCAAGGUGUUCUCCAAGACCAGAACUAAAGGGCUUGUUGUCAUCCCCAAACCAGGCCAGUUCUCCAGGUGGGACUGUAGUGUAGCAGUUACACUGCUGCUGCCGGGCUCCCCGGACACGCGUGGACCGAGGGAGUGACAGACGACUACGGAGCCAUGAGCUGCGCUGGAGCCACAGGCAGGCGGCAGGAAGCAGCGGCCGGCAGGGCUGUGUGGAGCUGCUAAACCCAAAGAGUUGUUCCCUUUAAAGCCAGUCUGUGGGGCUGCAGUAAGGACUGAAGUGGAUUUCCUGCUUCUACUCUACACUCAAUGUAACUAAACCCACAUAUAAUAUAUAUAUACAUAUAUACAUAGUGUAAAUAAGUGUUUCUCGAACAGGAAACCUUAAAUCGAGCUGUUCUGAAUAGCACUUGGCUCUGGUUUUGCACUGAUCUGAUUUAUACUUUAGGUGGUCAUCAGACGCCUGGGGUGCACUCGUGGAGACAGUUGUCACCAUCUGACUUAACACGUGCUGCAGAAAGACAGAUGCUGCAAUCAUGACUUAAAAAUUGUUUGCACUUAAAAUAGUUUAAUGCUAAUAGACAAUGACUUUAAAUAUGGGGGUAGCGGACUCCCAGCCUCCACGAUACAGAGUGGAGAUAAAAACCCUUUUUAUCUGUUAACAUUUAUUUUAGUACUGUUGUUUCCGAUGCAAUCAAGUCUGUAUUAUAUGUGUAAAUAAUGUAAUUCUGAAAUGGGGGAAAUAGUCACUCCCACUAGUAAUUUUCAUCAUUUAAGAGUGAUAUUUCUAAUUCACAAAAACAUUAAUAUUAAAAUUAUCUUGAAUAUACUAUUUGUUUAUCCUUUUUUAA